AGCCGAUUCUGCCUACUUGUAUGAGCCGCGGGUUUCAGUUUAUCAAUUUUUUUUUAAAUUUAUGCAAAGUUUUCCUAAGUUGAUGUAAGCUGCUGGAAUGGAGGCUAAAUCAAGUAGCUUGACAGCUGUAAUUGAAGAAUGGAAUGAAUUGAAAAAAAGUUUUCAAGAAGUUGAGGCUUUACAAAAGUCAUGUACAAAAGCUGUUGCUAAUUUUAAGAAAACUGAAGCAGACUUUAAGAAAGCAAUAUCAGAUCAAGUAAAAGGUGUCACUCGAGUAUCAGAAUCAUUGAAAUGCCUUAGACCAGCAUCAGAAAAAGAAAAAGAAGAAUACACUGAACUUAAAAAAUCAGUAAAUAUCCGAAAAGAAGAGCUUAGAACUAUGUCUUCCGUUUUACCUAAAGACAGUGGAUUGUAUUUGAAAAUUGUUUUGGGAAGUGUAAAUGUUACCCUUCUAAAUGAAGAAGAGAGGUUUAAGUACAAAGAUGAAUAUGAAAGAUUCAAACUUGUUGUGACAUGUAUAGUUCUAUCUUUGUCAUUUCUGAAUGUUUUCACUGCAUACAGGAGUCUGGAUGCUAUAGUUCAUUUCCUUCUAGUCUGGUAUUAUUGUACCUUAACAAUAAGAGAAAGUAUCCUUGUUGUGAAUGGAUCACGCAUUAAAGGAUGGUGGAGACUACAUCAUUUCAUUGCAACGCUUUUAACAGGUGUCCUUAUAUUAUGGCAUGACGGGGCAUCAUACCAGCUCUUUAGGAAACAAUUCAUGCUGUACUCAUGUUAUUCAAGUUUUGUGCAAAUUCUGCAAUAUAAUUAUCAACAAGGUUGUUUAUAUCGACUAAGAGCUCUCGGAGAAAGACAUAACAUGGACAUAACUGUCGAUGGCUUUCACUCUUGGAUGUGGCGUGGUCUAAAAUUUUUGUUGCCUUUCUUAAUAAUUGGCUAUACAUGGCAAUUAUAUAAUGCUUAUACUCUUUACAAAAUUGCAGUUCAGUUUCAAGGAGUAGAGUGGCAGGUACCAACUGCUGCUUUUAUUUUCUUCCUUUUAUUCAGUGGGAAUUCUCUUACUACUGCCAAAAUAGUUCAUCAGAAAUUAAACCUUAAAGAUAUGAUUUUACGCAAAUUGCAAUAAGUUUAAAACUUUAUUGCAUUUUUGAAAUAUUUUCAUAGGUUGUGGGAACAAAAAAAACACUCCUUAUUAAUUGGAGAUUUAAAGAAGUUAUGCAAUGAACUUAUUGUUAUUUAUUGAUUAAUAUAUUUAUUGUUUUUCAUAUUUAAUUUCAUAUGUUUAAUUUAUUUAAUGAAUUAUGAAAAUUUUUAAAUAUUAAUUUCUUUUUAAAUACAUUUCAAAUUAAAGAAUAUGUAAGUUUUAGAA